CAAUUUGCAUACAUACACAUGUAUACAGCUCAAAAUGGCUCUAUCCUGUAGGUGUUAAGAGAGCAAAAAUGGACCAUGACUGAAACCUUUACUUCACAAGGGAUUCAACCUGCAAAAAAUAUGAAUCCACCCACCAAAUGAACCUACAGUGGGAGAGUGUUACUUUCGGACAGGUCUCCAUUGAACAGGCUAACAAAACAGACAGUUAUUUUCCUACCAGUAGUUCAGGCAAUGGUUCUGUACUUCUGAAUAUAUUGGCUAUGAAUCCUGCUGAGCAGUGUCCAUUCAUUGAAAGCCAUGCAUCUGUGCCUUGAAAUAUCAAUGCUGACUAUUCAAGUGUGGAGACAAUUCCACCCCACUGACUGAGUCCGUCUGAUGUUUCCAAAAAAAGGUGAUGACCAACUUUUGUUGUGACGCUGAUAUGCCCUGCCCUCUGAGAAUGAUGAUGAUGAUGCAGUCCAAGGAAGUGAUGGCAUGGCAGUCAUAAAUGUUCUGCUCUGAAGUUUCUCAGACAAAAUUGAUCUGAUGUUUGACCUUGGAAGUGUCAAUAAACAUUGUGAAAUCUCUGCUUUCAAAGGAAACUCAUCAGUUCUUUUAACACCAACAUUAAAUGCGGCUGGUAUUAUAAUUGAUAAAAGAAUUUUUUUGGAUUCUCAUAAUGUUGCCUUUUUGAAUCCCAAGGUAAUGGAUAUUAAAUCAGUUCUCUCCACUUUGGACACAGACACAUUGCAUGGCAGGGGGCCUCAUGGGGAUAUUUAUUUCCCAAAUCGGGGGAUCAUGCCAUCCGUUGUUUCCCCUAAAGUUUCUUUAGUUGACAGGCAGACUUCAAAUUCUGGCCAAACAACUUAUCUGCCAAGCCUUUCACCUCAGAGUUCACAACCCCAAUACUACCAGCAACAUCCACCACAACUGGUAACCACAGCAAAGAGCCCGCAAGGUGUGUUUGAAGAAAUACAGGAUUUAGGUGAUCAAAUCCUGGAGGAACACAGGUUGAAGGCUUUAAGCGAGUUACAACUUUGCCAAAUUGGUUGUCAACAUGUUAUGUUAGACUUUGAAAACGAGCAGAUUAUUCCAAGUUUACCAUAUCCUGCAACUGAUUUGACUCCUGACCAUAAUUUUGCUUUUGAACAUGAGGCAAAUGAUGUGAGCACUUCAACCGUUCAGGUUUUACCUAUGAGGGUAAAUCCUUCAAUAACUGGAAGUCCAGUGACAGCUGCCUGUUCUGAAACCACUGAUGCUAGGGGAAAAUGGGAUUGUGGUGAUAAAUCAAUUAAAAUGAACUUUCCUACAAAUCAGUCCAUUGGUUUGUCAAGUGAUGUAACAUACAGUAUGGACCAAAAAUAUAAAAUAUUACCAGUGGAUGAUCCACAUGUUCCGAUGCCUUUAAUCAGCUGUGAUUCAAACGAAGAUCUGUCACAAUUCAUUAUUGAAAGUCAGACCAAUGAAAUGCCUUUGUCAAUGAGUUAUACCAUUUUUAAUUUGGCAGAAGUUUCUGUGACAUCUGAGGAAGUGAAUUCAAAUCUGGCAACUGCUUCUGGUGAAUGUUCUUCUGUUGACUUUGAAGAAAUAUUUAUUGAAAGAAACCAAAAGAAAAGCAAGAGCUACAAUUCAACUCUUUUGGCACCAAAGAGGGUUUGUGGUCAAGGUUCAUCCAAAGGCUUAGUCAAGUCUAGGUAUGCUGCAAAAACAAUAGUCCCCCUUUUUCUAAAACCAGCUAAGAGGAAAUUGGACAAAACAGGUGACCUAGUAAGUGCUAAGAGAGUGAAAAAAGCCAAGACACUUGAAAAGGACAAGACUAAAUACCUUCUUCCAGAGGGGAACCUAGCCAGCUGUAUGAACCUAGAACCUUCAGAUAAUGACCACUUUCUGUACUGUGGAGAAUGCAACAAAGAGUUUGAAGGGGACUGUCCUGUGCAUGGACCAUACAACUUCAUACAGGAUAAAGAGGUGCCAGACGGGGACACCUGUAGAGCUGAUCAUACUCUUCCAGAUGACCUUGAAAUUAAAACCUCAAAACUAUUUGGAGCUGGUCUUGGAGUAUUUUCAAAAGUUGGACUGGAAUCCAGGAUCAUGUUUGGACCGUAUAGGGGCGAUACCAUCUCUGACAACCAUAAAUCAGGAUAUUGCUGGCAGAUCUAUAAGGAAGGCAAAGCGAGCCACUGUGUGGAUGCCCAGAACAAGGCCACCUCUAACUGGAUGAGAUACGUUAACUGUGCAAUGACAGAGGCAGAUCAGAACCUUGUAGCAUUCCAGUACAAAGGAGGCAUCUAUUACUGCACAUUCAAGCCAGUUUCACCAGGAGAAGAACUGCUUGUCUAUUAUGGAUAUCAAUACGCCAGAGAACUUGGCAUCACCAGAGACAAGAACUUGCUCUUCAGACCUAAAUAUGUCAAUGGAGAAGGUAGUGACAUUUUACAAACUGUCAUGGAACAGCAAUUAAAAAAUGCAAUAUUACAGAAGAAGAAGAAUAUAGAAAACACAGAUGAAAAGGAGUACAAUGGUGUGGUGUGGAAUAAUACUAGUAAGAACAGUAGUAACUUGAAGACACUCAUGAGGAUACAUGCUGGAGAGAGACUGUACAUGUGUGGGGUGUGUCGUAAUACAUUCAACCAGAGUAGUAUGUUGAAGACACACAUGAGGAUACAUACAGGAGAGAAACCAUACAAGUGUGAGGUGUGUGGCUAUGCUUGUAGCCAUAGUGGUAACUUGAAGACUCACAUGAGGAUACAUACAGGAGAGAAACCAUACAAGUGUGAAGUGUGUGGCUAUGCUUGUAGCCAUAGUGGUAUCUUGAAGACUCACAUGAGGAUACAUACAGGAGAGAAACCAUACAAGUGUGAGGUAUGUGGUUUUGAAUGUAACCAGGGUGGUUCCUUGAAGACACACAUGAGGAUACAUGGAGGAGAGAGACUGUACAAGAAUUUGGUGUGUGGUAAUACAUACAACCAGAGUGGUCACUUGAAGACUCACAUGUUGAAGACUCACAUGAGGAUACAUUCAGGAGAGAAACCAUACAAGUGUGGGGUGUGUGGUUAUGAAUGUAACCAUGGUAGUCACUUGAAGAGACACUUGAGGAUACAUACAGGAGAGAAACCAUACAAGUGUGAGGUGUGUUGUUAUACAUUCAACCAGAGUAGUAUGUUGAAGACACACAUGAGGAUACAUACAGGAGAGAAACCAUACAAGUGUGAGGUGUGUGGCUAUGCUUGUAGCCGUAGUGGUAACUUGAAGACACACAUGAGGAUACAUACAGGAGAGAAACCAUACAAGUGUGAGGUGUGUUGUUAUACAUUCAACAAGAGUAGUAUGUUGAAGACACACAUGAGGAUACAUACAGGAGAGAAACCAUACAAGUGUGAAGUGUGUGGCUAUGCUUGUAGCGAUGGUGGUAACUUGAAGACUCACAUGAGGAUACAUACAGGAGAGAAACCAUACAAGUGUGAGGUGUGCGGUUAUGAAUUUAACCGGAGUAAUAGCUGGAAGACUCACAUGAGGAUACAUACAGGAGAGAAACCAUACAAGUGUGAGGUGUGCGGUUAUGAAUGUAACCAUGGUGGUCACUUGAAGAGACACAUGAGGAUACAUACAGGAGAGAAACCAUACAAGUGUGGGGUGUGUGGUUUUGAAUGUUACCAAGGUGGUUCCUUGAAGACACACAUGAGGAUACAUGGAGGAGAGAGACUGUACAAGUGUGAGGUGUGUGGUAAUGCAUUCAACCAGAGUAGUAUGUUGAAGACACACAUGAGAAUACAUACAGGAGAGAAACCAUAGAAUCGUGAGGUGUGCGGUUAUACAUGUCCUUGAGGAGACACUUGAGGAGGAUACAAGCAGACUAGAGACUAUAAAUCUUUUAGGUGUGUGCUUAUGAGUGCAACUUAGGUGAUACCUUGAAAAUACACAUGAGGAUACAUACUAGAGCUGUACACAUAUUGUGUGGUUAUGCAUGUAACCAGAGAGGGAGCUUGAAGACACGUAGAGAAUGCAUACAUGAGAGAGAGAGAGAGAGCACGAGUGUGGGAUGUGUGGUUAUGCAUGUAAUCAGAGUGUUACCUGUAUUCUCCAUCAAAUGAUACUGCAGAUGAUUGGUGUUUUAGAUGCUUAUCGUAGUCUGGAAGACACGCAAAAGCAAAGUGAAAAAUAUUAAGCAUAAAUAAUUAUAUAGAAAAUUUAGCAUUGCUUAGUGACACUUUACUUAGUAAUUUUCUGUGUGAUAGAUAUUUUAAACUUUAAACUUAAUUAGUAAACACUUAAAUAAUCAUGACUUUGUGAGUUGCUUUUUCCCGUUUUCCAAACUACUGACUGCGUCUCAAACACAAUUAAUCAGCAACAGCAUAACACAUGCCUUGAAAUCAUAUUGGUAAAUAACGUGUAUACAUGUCUUUUUGUUGGGAAUCUUUGUUUUUCAAACCCCUAACUGAGUUAUUGCCCUUGAAUAAGCAUAACAGAUCUCAUUCAGCAAUGGCCUCAUUAUAAAUAGUGUUUGCAUAUUGGAGAAUUGUAAUUAAGACUUAAUACAGACGGGAUAUAUUCAUUAGUUAUCCAAGGUGCACUUUUUAACCAUCUUAUUAUUGUUUCAUCUUGUUUACAAUUUAUAGGUUGAAUAUGUGUUCCAUGUUUUUUGUUGUUCUAUUGUUUUCUUGUCAGUGUGCUUUUAUAUUUUUAUAAUUCAGAUAAUAAUAAUUCAGUACCUGUAAAACAUAUGCAGAUAUGUUAAAGCAAGUUAUAAUUCAAUAUAAUGUAUGAUGAACAAACAAAGGUUUGCUUUCAUUUUACAGCUAGUUCUGAAAAUAAAAGUAUUAAACAUGUUUACUUCCCUUUAUUGUUUAAUUAAAAAAAAUAUUGCAAAAGCCCAAACGGAUUAUGUGUCCAGUUUGUGUGAAAAUAUAUCUUAAUUACAUCAUACUGUAUCCUGAAUUACCUCAUGGGACUCCAGUGUAAAUUGCCAAAUAGAUUUCAGUGAUGUUGAUGUACAUUCACUAAGUGAAUUGAUUUUCUUAUUGCAGAUACUAGGGAAAUUUCAAAUUAGUGGUGUACUGUUUUAAAUUUUGAGCAUUAAAACGGUUUAAUGGAUAACUUGUUCAUCAAGUUCACAAAAUGAUUCUUAAUUUUGUGCGAAACUGUUUCCAACAUUUGAUUUCUGCAGACAGCUUGCAGUUUUUAGAGGUAUAGGUUUAAUUGAUGUCAUUAGUUGGAAAGUAUUUAACUGGUAAAAAAUAUUGUUGUUUCAAAAGGAAAUAUGAUUGCAAGGUCAUUAUGGUCAUUUUGAUGUUUUGUUUAGAAAAAACAAUUAAAUGUAUAAAAGUGGGGUGUCUGUGUAUUGUAAAUGAAUAAAGCACCUUCAUGCACAGAUUUUUUUAUGUUGUUGUUUUUUCAACAUG